GUGGGAUCCUGAGCUGAGAAGGGCGUUACCAACUAUGUCUAUUCCAUCCCUUUCUCCUUGUGUCCCCAGUCCCUCGGCUGAUGCAAAGGACAGCCAUGUUGUGGAAGCUGUCCCUACUUGUAGGACUGAUUGUGCUAGGCACUCAUAUGUGGACCAUUGACAAAGAAUUUGUAGCCAUUACUAAGGAUCUAGAUUAUUUUGUGGCAUCAGUGGAGUUUGCUGUGGCUCAGUUCAAUGACAAUAACCCAGAAGAGAACAUAUACCGGUUGCUGGAAGUUGGGAGAGCCCAGAAAAAGACAUGGACAAUGAUAUUUUUAAUGGAUUUGGAGAUGGGCCGCACAAUUUGUAAGAAGCAUGAUGAAAACAUCCAUAAUUGCCCAUUGCUACAAGGCCCGGGAGAGAAAAAGGUGCACUGUGUUUUCCAAGUAGAUGCCCGACCUUGGUUUUCUGGCUUCUCCAUCCUGAAUAGUACCUGUGUGCCAACAUAAAUGGGAGAGGGGCUCUGUCUACACAUAGUAGUCUCCCUUCAUGGGAGUGUGACUAUCUGUAGUCCAAGGUCUACAAUGCAAUUAGAAGCAAUAUCACAGC